AUGUGCCCGGGUACCGAAGACUACAUUGAUCUGGCCAGAACGAUGCCCGUAGUGAGGGCGAAAGUGACCACUGCCGAUGGUGGAAAUCUCGGCAAUGAUGCACAGGUGGGAGUCGUCAAUAAUCUCCUGCACAGUUUAUUCAAACAAGUGGACGUUUUCCUGAAAGAAAAACAAGUCACUCAAGCUGCGGGCAUGUAUGCCUAUCGAGCGUACAUCGAAACCCUGCUCAAUUACGGUCCCGCUGCCAAAAAUUCGCAACUCACUUCGGCCCUGUUUUACAAAGAUACCGCGGGUAGAAUGAACUCCCACAACCCCACUCUGGCAGACAACAACGCCAACGUCAACCUAGGCCUGAAAGCACGAUACAGAUUCAAUGCGGAAAGUAAAACCAUCGAAAUGGUGGGUCCUAUAUUCAGCGAUAUCUUCUUCUCGGAACGGCUUCUCUUGAGUUAUGUCGAUCUGAAAGUCGUUCUGAAUCGAAAUUCUAAAGAAUUUUGUAUUAUGGCCGCUGCGGAUGAUACUUCUAAACUGGUCAUCACCGACGUUUAUCUCAAGAUACGAAAAGUUAAAGUGAAUCCGGACAUUACCAUCGCCCACGAACUUGCCCUCAAAAAGGGACCCGCCAUCUAUCCCAUUCGUCGCGUGGAUUGUAAAAGUUUUAUCAUUCCCGGCGGAAAUCCGUCUCUGCACAAAGAUAACAUUUUCAACGGUCUGGUGCCAAAAUCGCUCAUCGUUGGGAUGGUCGCGAGUGCAGCAUUCACCAUCGGGCUGGCCGCUGCUGUUAAUCUGGUGUGUUAUGCUGAAUUUGAAAACACAAUCCAAAUCGACGCGGACCGAAACAUCAUCUACGAUUACACAGGUUGA